UCGCCUAAAACCGGAGCGUUGUGCAUCUCCCCACUCAUCUCUGUCUGCGAUUACAGUGCCACUGUAAACCAUUUUCAUUCGUUCAUGGCUUUAACGGUUAAAGGGGUUCUGGAUCUAUUGGAGUCUCCUUGGUGACUGGAAUAAAAACAUAUUUAAUAGAAAUCGACAAUUUGAAACUCUCAUCAUGUCAUUGUGUUCAAGUUAUAAGCCUAAUUAUUUCUCAAUCGAUGAUAUUUUAGCUACAGAGGAGCGCCUGUCUUGUAAAGUGUUACAAAAAGUGCCAAGACUCGGUUUUAUGGACCACUCAUCAGAAUCUAAAGAUUUAAAACCAGGUACGAAGCUAGAACUUUCUUUUUGGCUAGCAUAUUCAAUGAAUAAAUCAAAAGAUCCUAUAGCCAGUAUUGAUAUACCAAAAUAUUAUAAAGAAAGUUACAGAGAAAUUUUAAAUGCUGAUGCUUGCGCUAUUGAAUUAAGUAAGUGGAACACUUAUUUUUAUGAGUUUGGAUUACACGUAGCCAAGUUUGAUCAUCCGGACUGUGAAAAGUUACCAGAAUUGUUGCUUAAAACAUUUAAAUCGCGAUUCAGACUCGUUAUGGACUGGGCACAAAAUCAAGAUACAAAUCCUAUGAUUGCCUCUCAGUUGCCUAUGCUAGAGAGAACAAUCUUCUUAUCUGGUAGAAAAUCAAAGGAGCAACUUGUAUAUUGGUUUAAGAUAGGUGGUGGUGGUAUUAAAACAACAGAGUUGAUAGCAAAUCAUAAGAAACGUAAGCGUUCUACAUUUAUCGAAAAUGAGCGCUAGAUAUCACUAUAUCAUAAAAAUGAUCUCUUGGAUAAAUGAAAAACUCCUAGAGAUGCUCAAAGUGAUUGUAAAUUUUCUAUGUAAGUAAAAUAUUCUUUAGGGUGUAAUAAGGAGCGAACUGACACAGUGCAAGCCAGUCUUCAAAAACUUAUACAAUCAUACAAAGUGUACAAAUAUUUACAAUAUUUCAUGCAUUUAAAUUUUCUACUUCAAUAAGAACAUCCUGUUCUAGCUAUGUUAUACUAUUGUAUAAACAUUUUAUCAAUUAAUGUACUCUAGUAACUAACGUACGAUUAUACAAAACUAAGUAUUUUCAAUAGUAAUACAAUAUUUAAAUCACUUCAAAAAUAUUAGAAAACAUUUUCUCAUUUGAAGAAUCAGCUGCAAGUAAACAAUUUUCCUCCUCUUUCCUUAUUAUUUAUCUACAUUACAUUGCUAUGCAGUAUUCACAUUACAAAAUUAUUUUAAACUUAGGCACUAGGUGUCCAAAAAGUUAAUUAAUAAUCAGUAGAAGAAUCUACUAUUCAGAAACAAUAGUUUUCCCUGAUAUUCAAAACCCCAUCGCAUUUUCAAACACCUUGACAAUUCAAACAAUCAAUGUGAAAACAAUAUCCAAUCCUAGAUGAAACAUAAAGACAAACAACAAACUAUAACUCAGCUCUAUCUGUUAUCACAAUAGUCAAACGUGGAAUAAGUAACACGACUGUAAUUACUCAGGAAUAAAGAAAGGAAAUUAUACCGACA